GAGUUCCCAACCCUGGCAGGGCUGGGGGCCCUGCCGUGCUCUUGGAUGAAAAGCCAGAAGCAGGAGGUGCAGGGGAGCUCUGCAGGGUUUAGGGGGUGGGCUGAGGGGAUCUGAUUCCUGAAUCUGAGGUGUUUUGGAGGCCGGGGAGGUCAGGGAUGUGAGUGCCCAUGGGGCUGCUCCCCGCGGGGCUUUUCCGGGAGGAGGAAACGUUCCCUGUGCCUGCACAAACAAGAGGCCCCGAGGAGGAAACUCAUCAGGCUGGGGAAAUCCUGACCUCCUCCCGCCGGGCUCAGGGCUCCAGGAGAGGAUCAAAUCCCAGAGAAAACGGAGCUUUCCCCUCCCUCUGCUGUCCUGCCCCAAACUCCUGGCUCUGGGCGAGCGAUGCCACUGCCCCAUGGUGAUGCUGCUUUUGGUGGGCAGGAGGAAACCUCGCUGAGACCCUUCAGAAAACAUUGAUACUCCACGUGGAGCUGGUGUGAGGUGUUUUUUAGCCAGCAGCUCCUGGGGGUGAUGCCUCACUUCGGUGGUCUCAGCCUCUUGCAGCAGCAGCCCUGCCCAGCUGCAGCUGAGCUUUUCCCCCCACAAAACUCCUCAAAUCCCCUCCUUUCCUUCCACCUUCCCGGGGCUGAUACAAGCAGAGGCUUUUCCCAGCUCCGGCCCAUCUCCAGGAAGCAGGAUGACAUUAAAUCCGAAACAAAUUACGCUGUGCAUUCGAGCGCGGCCGCUCGGAUGCGUUUUCCCUCCCUAACGAUGGAGGCAGCGGGAAUUGCAGCACCAUUAACUCCUCCUUGUGCCUCCUGCGAGUUGUCAGCGCCUGUCCCCCGUGCCUGAUGUGCUGUGGCAGCCCGUGCCCCGCCAGGAGGUCCUGCCUGCCUUAGCCAGCAUCCUGCCAGCCAUGGCCUCAACGCCCCAGUGAGGGACACGAGGACGAGGAGCCAGUGUCCCCAGCGCUGCCACGUCCCCUGGGGGAGCCAUGGAGGCCCCUCUGGACGUGCCUGUAGGGAACCUCAUUGACUUUGACAGCGAAACUCCCGCCUGUGACCCCUCAGAGCCCGCUCCUCCCGCUGUCCCCAGCGACAGCGGCCACCCGGGGGAUGACAGCGGCCACCCGGGGGACACAGGGGACGUGGCCGCGGAGGAGAGCGACGCCACCGAGUCAGCAGACAGCGAGAAUGACAUGGGGGACUCUCCCCAGCACUGGGGUGGCUCCCGCCGCUCCUCCUCCAACGAGUCCCUGUCCUCCAGCCAGAGCGCGGAGUCGGCGCGCGACGAGGCCUCGGCCGAGCGCCGCGAGUUCAUGCGGGGUUACGUGGAGAAGAUCUUCACCGGGGGGGAGGAUCUGGACCAGGAGGAGAAGGCCAGGUUCGGGGAGCUCUGCAGCAGCGAGAACGGGAAGGGCAGGGAGUGGUUUGCAAGAUACGUGAGUGCCCAGCGCUGCAACUCCAAGUGUGUCUCGGAGCAGACCUUCUACCGCCUGAUGCAGUCCUUCGCCCUCGUGCUCUUUGAGUGUCACCAGAUGGAUGAUUUCAGCCCUGCCAAGAACCUCAUGACCAUGUGUUUCACCUAUUACUACAUAGGGAAAGCUCAGGCCCUGCCCUUGGAGGCCAAGGAGAAGCCCACGGGCAGCAUCGACUCGUACCUGAAGUCAGCGAACACCUGGCUGGCCGAGAAGAAGGACAUUGCAGAGAGGCUGCUGAAGAACACCUCGGCCAAGACAGAGAACGUCAAGGGCUUCUUCGGGGGCCUGGAGACCAAACUGAAGGGUCCUGCCCCCAAAAAGAGCGAAGAAGGUGAGGACAAACCAAAGGAGAAGCUGAAGAAAACGGUGUCCCUGCAGAGCCCCGAGGAGGAGAAGAAGGGGGAGAAGAUCUACCUGUACAUGCACCUCAAGCAGCAGCCGAUCUGGCACAACCUCCGCUUCUGGAACGCCGCCUUCUUCGACGCCGUGCACUGCGAGCGCAGGAAGAGAUCCCCCACCACCAGAGGGAACACUGGGGAGGAAGAGGAGAAGAGGGAGAAGUGGUGCCACAUGACGCAGGAGGAGCGCGACGACAGCCUGCGCUUCAACGAGAACAUCACCUUCGGGCAGCUGGGCACCUUCAUCCACAACAUGCUGGCGUUUGGCCUCAGCAAGAAGCUCUGCAGUGACUUCCUGAAGAAGCAGGCGACCAUCGGCAACUUGGACGAAGAGCAAUACAAGCUGCUCAGUGACCACAUCGAGCAGAUGGCCACGGAGUAGCCACGGCCGGCACGCGGCGGCGGCGGAGAGACGGCAACCGGACAGGUGGGGAGGGGAGAGCAGCCCACCCCCGGGGCUACCUGAGACUGCAGCUGGGCUACCUACCAACCGAACCACACACACGAGCUGCAAUAAAACCUGCAUGAUCGUCCACCAGGCUCUGGAGCUGCCCCAGGGCAGCCUGUAGACAUAGGAGCCAAACAGCCCCCGCCUCGCCAGACCCUCCCGCCUCCACUGUCGCAGCAGACAGCCCCAAAAGUGAAUGGGGUUGGUUGAAAAGCAAAACAAAACACAAGGAAGAGGGUGGCUGUGCCGCCCCCAGGUGCUGUGGCUGCAGCCCCCCCACGUUGAGGUCUCAGUGGUAAAUCCAGAGGGAUCCAAGGCUGCUUUCCCUGCUGGACUCCCCUCGCUGAGGCUGGAGCUGCACCAGGGAUGCAGGAGGUGGUGACAGGGACCACAGCCAGAGCUGGGGCUGCACCCAGCCACCACUCGGGUUCUCUGGUGUCUCCAGGGUGUCACCACUGCCUGGGGACAUGGGCAGGGUGGGGCUGGCAGAGCGCUGCUGCCGCCUUCCUCGGGAGCUGGAGGGAAAUCCUCCCCUUGGGAAGCCUUCACUGUGCUGCCUGUGGGGGUUUGUACCUCUGGGCAGGGGGACAGCACUUUGCUCCAUAUCAUCAACCCCAUCAGUAGGAAAAAAGCCAUGGCCCUGGGCAGGAUUGCAGGCAGAGGCACAGGAGCUCUGCUUGCCUUGGAGAAGAUGACAAAACCUCAUCCCUCUCCCUGCUGCCCUGUCAGUGCUGGAUGCUGCUGGAUUGUGACAUUUCCCAAAGCCUCCUGGCAUCCUGUGGCAGUGGAUUCAUUUCCUCCUUGCCCGGGCUGCUCCUCUCUGCCCUCCCUGGCUGCAGCUGCUCAUCCAUCAAACCCGAAACUGCCCUGCCCAAAGGACACCUCCCUCCUGGGGACACAGGGACACCUCUGGGGACACGGGGACAUGGCUGCUCCCCUCUGCAAGGAGCAGCCCACAGGGGCAGAAACCCCCAGCCCUGCACAGCCAAGGGGCCAGCAGUGGCACCCCAAAAACCCCAUCCUGAAACAUGAGUCCAGGUUUCAGUCACUCCCUUUUCCCUGUGCUGCCAGCUGUCUCCCAUAGGAAAUAGCAUAAAAGGUUAUUUUUUUCCAUGUAGCUCUUGGCUUCUGGUGUCAUUUCCAAGCAUCAAAGUGAUGCUUUUACCUAAGCUGGGCUUCCCCUGCCGCUGGGGAUGGGAUCUGUGCUGGGUCUUGUAGGAAGGACAAAUCCAGCACCAAUUUUUCCUUGGCCAUUCCCAAACCUGGGCAGAGUCACUGGAGAAGGGUUGGUCCCUCAUCCCAAAAAUCCCUUCCUGCUGGAUAAAAUGUGCUGCACCAUGAGCAGCUCAGCAUCCUGGAGCAUCCCAUCCCCGUGGCCUUCCCUGCCUCUGUCUCCACUCAGGUCUUCCCCAAAUCCUCCUUCAUUUCUUUAUUAUUAUUAUUAUUAUUAUUUUUUCCAACAUGAAAAGAAAUGUUCAGCGCUGAAGUAUAUAUAUUAUUUGCAUGUGUAUUUUUCUAUAAAAACAACUAAAAUCCAAUAAAAAAUAGCCAUAAACCCUCCUUGACUGGGAAUGUGUGAAGGAUGGGAUGUGACAGAGAGAGAGAUUGGAAUAAAUUAUCUUAGAAAUGAA